AUGCAGUUUAGCAUCAGACAAAACUUGUGGUUUGCACAGGCAUCCAAGAUUGUAGGGCUGCGCUCCGAGACACUCUGCGUGCCGCAGCAGAUCACCUCGCUGCAGCUCUGGGAAGAGAUCGUGAAGCUGCAUCCAAGGCUUGCCGCCAUCCGGGAUCAAGUGGUGUUUGCUGUUCGGCAGGAGUACGUGCUGCUUGGAGACCAGCUGCUGGUCCUGCACCCUGGAGACGAGGUUGCCAUCAUCCCACCAAUCAGUGGAGGCUGAAUCUGUCCAAAUAAUCUU